AGAUUGCCACAAACUUAUCAAAGAAUAUUCAAGAGAUCUGUGCAGCAAGAAGCAUGUACUACGACAGAAGAAUGGGUCUACGUGAGGACAGCAACAGACAUGUAUAAUGUAAAUGUGGAAAUACAAGAUGGUGGUAUGUAUUUUUGGAAAAGACAUUGCACCAAUCACGGAACUGCGUGUCGAGGGUUCUCUGGUACAAGCUCCUGCUUAAAUAAAUUGAGCUGGACGCCCACGAACGCACGCCCAGUAGGAAGUGACGGCAGCUACGAAGUGCACUAUAUACCGAUAGAAUCUUGCUGUGCAUGCGCUGUUACGAUCUGAUUAUACAAUAAUUUUGAAUAGUGUAUGUUAAAACUAAUUUAAAAAAAAGUAGG